CUGAAGGCAAAGAAGAAUUAAUUGUUCUGCGUUCAAAAUGUCAACCGUAUAUAAGGUUAUAUUUUUCGAAUAAGGAAAAAAUAACGAAUUGACAAUUCUUACAAGCUCCAAUAAGAAUGAAUAAUUACCUGAGAUUCAUCAAAUGCACCACUCGAACUAAUGGCUAUUUGUAUCAAACAGUCGUUAGAAAUGUACCAAGUUUAACAAGUAAAACUAACCAGGAGCAGAGGAGACACUAUAAAAAUUUCGGGCACAAAGAGGAACCCACCCCUACUCUUUCGAAACUCUGGUACUCCUUUUUGGGUAUCGUUUUUACCGCUUCUUUAAUCGAUUAUCGAUGGGUUAGCAGAUACUUUUCGGUGAAAGCACGAUCAUCCACCAUUGAAGCCUCAGACUCUGAAGUUGAACAAAAAACGGAAGAUAGUCAUGAUGAAGAUAGCAAGAAAAAAAAACACAGAAAGGAAAAGAUUGGGUUUAGAGACCGAAAGAUUAUUGAAUACGAGAAUCGUAUCCGUCACUAUUCCACGCCGGACAAGGUGUUUCGCUACUUUGCCACGUUGCAGGCACAAGGUCCUACACCGGAUCAGCACGAGAUCUACAUGACGCCUGAUGAUUUUUUACGUUCAAUGACCCCUGGACUUAAACAACCUGACGGAUUGGGCCUGGAUCAAUACAAACGGUAUGACCCCAAAACAGUGCAACAAAGACUGGAACUAGAACUAGAAGACGACAGCAUAUUUUACAGACUGGGUAGCGCAGGCCUAAUCACAUUCUCCGAUUACAUAUUCCUUCUGACCGUCCUCUCAACGUCUCGUCGACAUUUCGAAAUCGCCUUUAGGAUGUUUGACUUAAACGGGGACGGCGAUGUGGACUGCGAAGAAUUUGAGAAGGUGGCAACGUUGAUACGCCAGCAAACUAGUAUCGGCUCGCGACACAGGGAUCAUGCAAAUACGGGAAAUACUUUUAAAGGCGUCAAUUCUGCUCUAACGACGUAUUUCUUUGGGCCUAAUCUUAAACAAAAGUUGACAAUUGAAAAGUUCCUGGAUUUCCAAGAGAGGCUCCAGAGGGAAAUCCUUAGUUUGGAAUUCCAAAGGAAGAACCCCGAUGAGGACGGGAACAUAAACGAAGCUGAUUUCGCCGAACUUCUGCUUGCCUACGCUGGGUACCCUCAGAAAAAAAAAGCGAGGAUGUUGAAGCGGGUAAAAAAAACUUUCAGAGAUCACGGAAAAGGCGUUUCGAAACAGGAUUAUUUGAAUUUUUUUCAUUUCCUGAACAACAUCAACGACGUCGAUACGGCCCUGACUUUUUACCACAUAGCUGGGGCGUCUAUAGAUCAGGCCACGUUGAAACAUGUGGCCAAAACGGUGGCCCACGUAGAUCUCAGCGAUCAUGUAAUUCACGUCGUCUUCACUAUUUUCGACGAAAAUCAGGACGGACAACUAAGCAAUAAGGAGUUUAUAGCCGUAAUGAAGAACAGGUUACUUAGGGGCCUUGAAAAGCCGAAAGAUACAGGGUUCGUGAAAUUCAUGCAGUCGGUUCUGAAAUGUGCCAAAGAAACAAAACCCGCUUUACUGGAUAAUAUAUUUUAAUGGCUCGGAAUAUUUAAGUUAAUUUUAAGUUAUGAUGCUUGGUAUCUAUCUAAGUUUAAUUAUUUUUUACUGGAAUGUUAAACCUAUAAAUUAAGAAUAAUAAAAAAAAUAAGAAGGUA